AAUGCUUUUAUUUUGAAACCAUUUGCUCAUCGGUGUAUCUGAUCUAAUGCAAUAUAAAUGGGUAGAUCCAGGUGGGCUGAUAACUGCAAAGAGGGGGCCCCCAAAUAAACAUCUGCUCAGGGCCGGCCCUGGGUGUGGCUUUCACAAAGUGGCGCAUCUUGUCUCCAAGACCGGGACACCAGAGAGUCAGGAUGCACAGUCCGAACAUGUUCACUGGGAAGGUAGCUGCUAUUAUUGGGUUGGGAGUAGGUGCGAUCCUUGUGUUUCCAGGCAGAGACGCGCCGGACUCAGCGGGCAGCGGGUACCCGAUAUGGAGGGGGACGGGGCUGCCCGGUGUCCUAGCGUGGGCUGUGGUCUGCACCGUCGCCGGAGCUUCCGUCCUCGCCGUGGGUUGGCUGUACAGGCUGCUCUUCUCCCCCCUGGAGCUCCUUAGGACGCCCCAUGAAGUGGGAUACAUCGCCGAGGACGGUCGCUCCAAAGCUCAGGCGGCCAACGAGGUCCGCCGCAGGAGGAAGACCGGAGAGCUGCCACCGGUGUAUCCAAACGGCUGGUACCGGGUGCUGGACUCACACCUGCUGGAGAGGGGCGAGGUCAAAAGUGUCUCUGUUCUAGGUGAGCAGGUGGCAGUGUUUCGGGGCCAAAAUGGAAAGGCCUAUGUGCUGGAUGCCUACUGCCCUCACCUGGGUGCCAACCUGGCUGUGGGAGGACAGGUGGUGGGAAGCUGCAUAGAGUGCCCGUUUCAUGGAUGGCAGUUUCGGGGGGACAAUGGCAAAUGUGUGAGGAUCCCCUAUGCAGAAAAAGUACCAGAGUUUGCCAAGGUGCGCAGCUGGCCCAGCUGUGAGGUCAACAGCCAGAUCCUGGUUUGGUUUCACUGUGAUGGAGAAGAUCCUCAGUGGGCCGUCCCAGAGCAGCCAGAAAUUGCAACGGGCGAGUGGGUCUAUCGGGGCAGGACUGAACACUUUAUCAAUGCUCACAUACAGGAGAUUCCUGAAAAUGCAGCAGACGUUGCUCACAUCGCUCACCUGCACACGCCGAGCUUUGUCAGCGGAAUUGAUCUGCGCUACAUCCACAGCAAAACCUUUGCAUUUUUGCGGCAUGACUGGAAGGUUCAAUGGGAACCAGAGGCAGAGCCCAACAAGCACUGUUCCCAGAUGUUGGUGAAACAUGCAUUUACUGUGUUUGGACUCCACUGGCCCAUGUUGGAUGUUCAUGUUGUGGCCAGACAGAUUGGUCCAGGAGUGGUGUUUCUGCUGUUUAACCACAGUUUCUUGGGCCGGGGGCUUAUCAUUCAGUGUGUGACUCCAGUAGAACCUCUGCUGCAGUGUGUCUCUCACAUCAUGUUUUACCAAUCUAAUAUCCCACCUAUGGUGCCCAAAUUCUUCCUCAGGACAGAGUGCAUUCAGUUUGAGCGGGACGUGAUGAUUUGGAACAAUAAGAAGUACAUCUCCAAGCCUCUCCUCGUGAAGGAAGAUUCAGCCAUCCAGAAGCACAGGCGCUGGUUCAGUCAGUUCUACAGCGAGAACAGCCCCCGGCUGCAAUACCAGCGUGACACUUUAGACUUCUGACCUCCGUGAAGGAGGGGAGAUCAGCGGAGAAGAUGUCAGAUCAGGGUUGACAUUAAUCAGAGGUCAGAGGGAGUCCAUCAUUGAUUUUAUCUGUCACAUAUGAUAAAUUAAAAGAGGAAAGGAGACCUGACUUGUGGAGGGUCUUAGCGCUGAUCUGAAAGCCCGAACCUUUCGUUAAACCUGACUUUCCAGCUUUAAGUACGCAAGUCCCUACUGUUAUCAUGUUAGCUGCUUGGACUGGAAUGACUAAGUGAAUGUAUUUAGCCCAUAAAUGUGAGAUUUUGAUGAACCACUGCUAAUAUUCAAAGCAAGCACUACUAAGAACACCGCAAUUGCCUUGUUGCAAUGCUGCAAUUAUCUCUUUACUCUGAAAAAUAAUCACUGUGAUAAUAUAACCAGUAACAGUCUUGUGCUUGAGCGAUGGUUUCAGCUGAUUUUCAGUAUAAACCGCCUGCCUCUAGUUCGAGCUCAGUAAAAAGGCUUCUUCUUCUGCAGUAUGUCUCACAAUACUAUGAUUUGGUAUCAUUGUGUUUCUCACUUUGACUUCAUCUGCGUUAGAAAAUAUUAAUCUGGCCUUCACACUCUAAGUUUAAGUCUCUAAUGUGUAAUCAAACUUGGCAAUGCCUCAGCUGCAGGUAUAAUGGAAGGUGUGUUUGUAUUCUGAUGGAGAUCUAGGGUUACUCAACAGCCAGCUGAUAGUGAUAUUGUAGUCACAGCAGUGUGCAAUGACAACUUAAAGGACCACUUCACCAAGUUUUUGGGUGAUUCAGAGGCGUAUCUCUGAAUUAUGUCAUAGUAUGACUGGAACUGACAUGACUUUUAAAUACCAUUACGCUGUCCCUAGCUUGUAGAGAAGUUAUGUCCACAUCCAGAUUCUCAGAUUAAAAAAUAUGACUACAUUUCCUGCUACUGUGCGAGCCAGUACUGCAUAUCAGAUGGAGGAUUUGGGGUAGUAACAACUACAUGCUUUGUAUGAGUUAGAGCGAGGACUAAAGACAUAGUUAAGCAACGCGGAUAGGUAAACUGUUCUUUGUGACAAAAUAGUUACAUCACGCACAUUUUUCAUUUGUUUAAAUGUGUUCAUGUAUGGAUUAAACCUACAAAACUACAAAGGUGUGGAAGUAAUUUCAACAGACACAGCUAGCUGUUUCCCCCUGCUUCCUGUCUUCAUGCUAAGCUAGGCUAACUAUGUCCAGAUGAAAACAGGUUGAGCACAUAAUACUGACAUUAUUAUGACAGUUUAAGUUGAUAUAGCACAUUUGUACCUAAACAGUUGCUUUAUCACACAUCCAGCCGUUACGUAGGGACUUUGUAAGCAAUAAUUGUUGUGUUUCUGUCCACCUCAUAAAUGAAAGUCCAAUAUUCAUCCUUAAUCCUUUUAGCUCUUUUUUGCUCUCCACCAAAUUCCAAGAGAAAUAUUUGUCUCUUUAGCUGCUAAAUGUGCCACUAAAUCCACCAUCUUGUCUCUAAUUCUAUCUGUCUGCUGCUCGAUUAGUCAUCCACUGAUAUCAUAAGAAAACACUGAUUAUAGCUGCGUUAACAUACAAACAGGAUCUCAUAAAGAAAGGCAAAUCCUUUAACAAGCAUAACUGUGCACACAGUCAUAUGUCAGUUAGAUAAUGUGGCACAGAUGGAGACAAAAGAUGAAGCUGUCCUUUGAUUAUGACAGAUGAUGAUGAUGAUGAUGAUGAUGAUACUACUACUUAAAAUGUUUCCAGAUGCUGAGAUUUAUAUAUUUUAUUUUAUUUAUUUUUCAUUAAUGCUGUUAUUUGUUUUUGUUUUUGUUUUAUUCACAACUAUGCAUUGAAAACCUUAAUUUAAAGUCAGUCUUUCCUGUUACUAUACUAUGUUGCUAUAGUUGAAAAACAGCAAUAUGCAGUUUCCACAUUUCUUUUUGUUUAUUUACUCCUGGUGCAUGUUGUCGACUCAUUGCUGAUUUAAUCACUGAUGACUACAAUGCUGUGAGACUUUAUUAAAGCUACUGUUCCCAUUUGGAAAUGUGACUAAACUAGGCCUAUAAAAGCGAUAAUCUUCACUUGCCUGCGGUGAUGGGGCGGAUUUCCUGGGACUGCUUGGAAUUACUUUUUAAUUUCCGUUGUCAGAUGAUCAUAGAAGAGAGAAGAUACAUUUCAAAGCAAAUAACCAGCGAUGUUAAAAAGCACAAUACUUCUUGUGAAUAUCAGAUCAACUCCGCUCUUCUGCUCCUUCUCAAAAUGAAAAUGUAUUUUUGUAACUGGCUAAUCUACAGAUGUAAUGUUCAUUUGGAUGUGAAGAAUAAAUGUGUCUGCUCAGCUCUAA